AUGACUGUUGCCACAGGCGACCCCUCUGACGAGGCGGCUGCACACCCGGGGCACCCGCAGGACUACGACCCGGAGGCCGACCAUGAGUGUUGUGAGAGGGUGGUCAUCAACAUCUCAGGACUGCGCUUUGAGACUCAACUCAAAACCCUCUCCCAGUUUCCAGAGACUCUGCUGGGGGACCCCAAAAAGCGGAUGCGGUACUUUGACCCGCUGAGGAACGAGUACUUUUUCGACAGGAACAGACCCAGCUUUGACGCCAUAUUGUAUUAUUACCAAUCAGGGGGGCGGCUAAGAAGGCCGGUCAACGUCACCCUUGAUAUUUUCUCAGAGGAGAUCCGCUUCUACGAGCUGGGCGAGGAGGCCAUCGAGAUGUUCAGAGAAGACGAGGGUUUCAUCAAGGAGGAGGAGCGGCCUCUUCCUGAUAACGAGUUUCAGAGACAGGUGUGGCUGCUGUUCGAGUACCCAGAGAGCUCAGGUCCUGCUAGGAUUAUCGCCAUAAUCUCUGUCAUGGUCAUCCUGAUAUCUAUAGUCAGUUUCUGCCUGGAGACCCUCCCCAUUUUCCGCAACGAUGAUGACGAUAUGCACAAGUCUCACGCGAAAGUCUUUUCGCCUGAGACCAACACCACAAUCAUCAGCUACACAUCCACCUACUUCACCGACCCCUUCUUUAUCCUGGAGACUCUCUGCAUUAUAUGGUUCUCCUUUGAGUUUCUAGUGCGCUUCUUCGCCUGCCCCAGCAAAGCAGGCUUUUUUGGUAACAUAAUGAACAUUAUUGAUAUUGUCGCUAUCAUCCCUUACUUCAUCACUCUUGGCACAGAGCUGGCAGACAGGCCAGAGGAUGGUCAAGCGGGUCAGCAAGCCAUGUCUUUAGCCAUUCUCAGGGUCAUCCGCUUGGUGCGAGUCUUCAGAAUUUUCAAGCUCUCACGUCACUCCAAGGGGCUUCAGAUUUUGGGUCAGACCCUGAAAGCCAGCAUGAGAGAGCUCGGCCUGCUCAUCUUCUUCCUCUUCAUAGGGGUCAUCCUGUUCUCGAGCGCCGUCUACUUUGCCGAAGCAGACGAGCCCGAGUCGCAGUUCGAAAGCAUCCCGGAUGCGUUUUGGUGGGCUGUGGUGUCCAUGACGACAGUCGGCUAUGGUGAUAUGGUCCCAACUACGAUUGGCGGCAAGAUCGUGGGCUCCCUCUGCGCCAUUGCAGGUGUGCUCACCAUUGCCUUGCCCGUGCCUGUCAUUGUGUCCAACUUCAACUACUUCUAUCACCGCGAGACUGAAGGCGAGGAACAGGCGCAGUACCUGCAGGUCAACGUGCCCAAAGCCGAUUCAGCCGAGGAGCUGAAGAAGAGCCGCAGCGGCUCCACCAUCAGUAAAUCGGACUAUAUGGAGAUCCAGGAGGCUGUGAACAACAGCAACGAGGACUUUCAGGAGGAGAACCUUAAGACGGCCAACUGCACGCUGGCCAACACAAACUAUGUAAACAUCACCAAAAUGCUCACAGACGUGUAG